AAUCCAAACACACGCCACGUGAUACGGAAGUUCGCGGAAGACGAAAGUAAAUGUAAAAACCAAUACGUUUUUUAAUGCGGAUAUUGCCAUUUGUCGUCGUACACAAUCUAAAAGUUAUGCAUUUGUCAAACUAGCAGUUACUUUAUUAUGGGUUAUUUCAGUCUAUUCAGAUAAUUAAAUCUAUACGUCUACAGAUGUGCGUCGGGUUCAAAGUUGAAUUGUGCCGCAGCCUUCAAGGAAGGUGAUCUGUCAGCUACUUCCUCACUAGCGUUGCAGCUAAUUUACAGUCUAACCGUUGUCAUAUUUUUAAAGUAGGUCUUCAUAACAGCCAGUCUCAGGUAGGAGGUGAUCAGGGGCAGGGCCGGUGACGAGGGAGGAGGGAUGCCUGUUGAGAGCGGAAGCAGCAGCUCUGCUUCGGCUGCCCGUCACCCCAAGCAGAAGCGCAAGGCCCACAGCCUUUCCAUACGUCGCACAAACAGCACGGAGGAGAGGCCGCCUGGUAUGCACAGAGACAUGCUGGAGGGACAGGAUUCCAAGCUCCCCCUAUCCUUGCGAAAUAAUCUCCUUGAUCUUUUCGGGCAGAUCGAGAGAGAGUUUGAGAAUCUGUACAUCGAAAACCUUGAAUUGCGUCGAGAGAUCGAUUCCCUGAACGAGCGUCUGACUGGUGAUGGACAGAUCCUGGAGGGGGGAGACCCCAAUAAGGGGGCUCUCAAAGCAAAAGCGAGCCAUAGCACCAGUCAACUGUCCCAGAAGCUGAAGACGACAUACAAAGCCUCUACCAGCAAGUGUUUAUGCACCUUCCACGGCAAGGUGGGGGCUCCACGUGGUUUCAGUGUGGCCACAUGGGAAUUGUUGUGUGGAGAUUCAUGGAUUGUGUCCAGUUUCAAGGCCACCACCGGCUCGCGGGCUAUCUGCCAGCUGCUGAAGGAGUAUGUUGGCCACAGGGAUGGCAUCUGGGACCUGGGCAUCACCCGGACCCAGCCCGUGGUGCUUGGAACCGCCUCUGCAGAUCACUCUGCUCUGCUGUGGAGCAUCGAGACAGGGAAGUGUGUUCUGAGGUAUGCCGGCCACGCAGGAUCAGUCAACUCUAUCAAGUUCCACCCCACCGAGCAGAUGGCUUUAACAGCCUCUGGAGACCAGACGGCACACAUCUGGCGGUACAUGGUGCAGCUGCCCGCCCCCCCGCCUCAACCCGAUGCCACCGCCUCUUGCGACGAUGACCCAGACCUGUCGGACCGAGAGGAUGGGGACCUGGACGGAGAGGGUCCCGGCGAGGUGCCCACCAUCCGCGUUGCCACGGCAACCCUGAAGAGCCACCAGGGCGUGGUGAUCGCCGCCGAUUGGCUGGUCGGGGGCCGACAGGUGGUGACGGCGUCCUGGGACCGUGCGGCUAACCUGUACGAAGUGGAGACCUCGGAGCUGGUCCACACGCUGACUGGCCAUGACCAGGAGCUGACCCACUGCUGCACCCACCCGUCUCAGCGGCUGGUGGUGACGUCGUCCAGAGACACCACCUUCAGACUGUGGGACUUCAGGGACCCUUCCAUUCACUCUGUCAACGUCUUCCAGGGACACACAGACACGGUGACGUCAGCGGUCUUCACCGUGGGCGACAACGUGGUCUCGGGAAGCGACGACCGCACCGUCAAGGUGUGGGACCUGAAGAACAUGCGGUCGCCCAUAGCAACCAUCCGCACCGACUCAGCCGUCAAUAGGCUGAGCGUGUCCACCAACCAGCGGAUCAUCGCCCUGCCGCACGACAACCGCCAGGUCCGCCUCUUCGACAUGAACGGCGUGAGGCUGGCCAGGCUCCCUCGCAGCAACAGAAUGGGCCACCGGCGCAUGGUGUGCUGCUCGGCGUGGAACGAGGAGAACCAGUCGUGCAACCUGUUCACGUGCGGCUUCGACCGCCAGGCCAUCGGCUGGAACAUCAACAUCCCCGCCCUGCUGCAGGAGAAGUGACCGCCCUCCCUCCAUCCGACACCACCACCCCCACCAUCACCACCACCACCACACCAACCACCAUCCACCCCGUCUAUCUGGGACUGACACCCCCAAGAGCCAAAAUUCACAUAGAAGAAUAUAGGAUCCUACCAUCGGCCAGUCGUCGCACAGAGAAGUGGAAGGCGCCGCGGAAGUUGAGCGUAUGUCGUGUACACUGGCGGAUUGUUGCUGUUCUUGUUGUCCACCAUUCUGUUUGAUUAUUUCCUGCUGCCUUCCGAGCUGUACAUAGUCUGUUGUUUGGUAAGCAGCUGGACAUAAGAUCACUCUUAUUUUGUUGUUGUGCUUUUCAACUGUUUCAACGUGAAGAUCAUGUUUGUGUGUACAACAAUAUAGUGUGUGUGUGUGUGCGUGUGUGAUCCAGUUGGCUAGCGUUUAGAACACAAUUAUCAAUAUUGCUGCCUGUUAUUUAUUCAUGUAAACAAAUAUAGCUUUUAGAGUUGGCACAAUAUAUUACUCUGUGUGUCCAAAUGUACCAGUGGUGUAGUUGAUAGUGUCACCCUUUGCCAUUUAUUCUUUUCUUCCAUAUUGCUGUCCCGUCUUCGUAUUCCCCGUGUGGGAAUUCAGUCUGAGCUAGAGACGGAAGACAGUACCUGUCUGUGCAGAGUUUCACUUGGGCUGCUACUCUGAACAUGUAACUGUAGGAACGGCUAGAUGUGACGUGCUUAUUCUCCUUCCUGACCCAACCGUCUCCUACAGUUGGAGACUUGCUUCAUUUCCCUCGCUGCUGCUUUCACUUUCCAGUGCUUUUCGUUCUUCGUUACUUAAAACUUCUUGUUAUGUUGUUGCCUUUCUUAGUAUAGUUUUAGGACGUUUUGGGAUGUUUAUGCUUUUUGUUCUACUCUGUCUGCUGUUAACCACACAGCAAUAUUGCGAGGAAAAUAAAGCACCAACCUUUUUUUGGUUUUGUAAAUAUAGUCAUUGCUUUGCGAAGUCCUCUUGCGAGCUGUAAAUAGGUCAUGUUUGAAAUCUUCCUGUACUCUGUAUAUGCUCAGCUGAAAUGUGUACUGACUACAGCCAUAUCCAUGCCUUCCCUUGUUCCCUGGAUUCAUUCAAUAGAAACACAAGCCCACCUUCUCCAGUCUGGGUCCAACUUUGGACCUUGUGUCUCUGGUGUAACUGUUGAGCUUAAAGUAAAUAUAUCAAUCACUUGUGAUCUUGGCUAUUUAUUAAUUGCUGUCCUUCAGUAAGCACGAGUCCAUAGAAGGCUCGGAUCAUGGGGCUUACACUUUGCCUCAAAGAGUUUGGUUACAGUCAAACUCAAUGCAUCCGCUCCAACUGAGGGUUGAUAAGAAGGGCCUUUUAUUCAGCAACAGAAAACCUUGUAACCUUGAAACACACCUUGCAAGGUGUAAAUUGAAAUUCACACUGGGUCACAUGAAUAUUUUUUACAUGACAGUAAAGGAUAGGAUUGUGGGUUCACACCGUGAACUCAAAACAAUGCUGUCAUUGGUCACUUUCACUUGUUUGGUCAUGUAUUUAAAUGCUGUAAAUCACAAAGUUCAUGUGUCUGUGUUUUGUCCCUGGCAACCUGUUGUGUAAGACUGAGCCUAGUAGUGUAUAGCAUACUUCACAUUCCGCUGGGAAUUCUUCCUGAUCCUAGGGGUGUGUGUGUGAGCGAGAGAGAGAGAGAGGCAGGCAAGCGGGGAUGCCACAAAAACACACACGUUGAGUUGCACACAUUGUUCCACAAUGCAUUGAUGACGGAGAGGAAAAAGCUCUGUAAAAACAGCUUAGACUGAGAUAAUGUCAUUCCAUGAUUAAAAAAGUUCCCCAAUAUAACCACAUUAUUUCCUCCUAACCUUUAACCAAAAUCAACACGUUAUUUCCUUCCACUCUAAGGACUCCUUGAUGGUCGUUAAAUAAACGGUGUUGUUGAAUGCUGAGAAUCACUAUUCCGUCAUGCCUUAAUUUUUCUUCGACCAAUGAGAUCGCUCAAAAUAAAUUGAAUAUUUCCGACCAAUGAGUCUGCUCAAAUAUAUUUAUAUAUUUUUUGCUACUGGGUGAGCAACACAAGAUGCUGAGAACAAAGAUGAACUGGCACAAAGGAAGGGAAACAGUAGGAGGGGAAUGUUGAUGAGGGCCAGGUGAAACCAAUUAAGGUCAGUGAGGACAUUCAGGGAAACUCAAGGACGGGGAGUGAGGAAGAUCCACACCAUCAAAAAUGUAACGUUACACAAUCCUUUACAGCCAUAUGGUAAUCUACUUCCGGUUUCCUGUCAUUGACAUCCGGUUUUAAAAAAAAUACAUGGUGUUAAUUAAUAGAUUACUUUAUAUCUAAUAUAAAAUA